GCACCGGCCAAACUGAAGUGCACCCUAUCAAACCCAUUGACCCGAUCAAGACCGAGCAGGUAGAAGCAAUUGCCGACCUCAGCACAAUCCCUCAAUGAGAAGCUCUGCAGCUGCGAAUUGCCGAGAAGCCGACUCUUCCGACGAGUUUCUAUCCCCGGGCUGGCCUCGUUUCCGACUUUGAUGUUUUCCAAAGCUCUGUUCAGCAGAGCGGCCUCGGCAGCGCCGUGUGCCACCCCCAAGGCCUGGAGAGGCUGCUUCGCAAUGCCACUGAGGGCAAAGAUCGUAGCUCGGCAGCCGGAGUCCCGAUCACGAAUGUCGUCGCAGGCCGCGAGCGAGGAGGAUGUCCUCUUCAACAGCCACUAUGGCCUCCGCACAAUCGAGCUAAACCGGCCGGGGAAGCUCAACUCGCUAAACGGCAGCAUGAUCGAGAAGAUAACGCCGCGGCUGCUCGAGUGGCAAAAGUCGGACAUGGCCAACGUCGUCGUCAUGAAGGGCGCCGGCGACAAGGCCUUCUGCGCCGGCGGGGACGUGGCGGCGCUGGCCAAGAACAACGUCAAGGGGCCCGAGGGCCAGGCCAAGUCGAACAAUUACUUUGCGCACGAGUAUGCGCUCGACCACCUGAUCGCAACUUACCAAACCCCCUACGUGGCCUUCAUGGACGGCAUCACCAUGGGCGGCGGCGUCGGGCUGAGCGUGCAUGCGCCGCUGCGCAUCGCGACGGAGCGGAGCGUCUUCGCCAUGCCCGAGACCGACAUCGGCUUUUUCCCCGACGUCGGCGCGUCCUUCUUCCUGCCCCGCAUGGACGGCGCCGUCGGCACCUACCUGGCGCUGACGAGCGACCGGCUCAAGGGCGUCGACGUCUUCUACACGGGCAUCGCCACGCACUACAUGCACUCGACCAGCCUGCCCAUGCUGGAGUCGCGCCUGGCCGAGCUGAGGUUUAUGGACGACGACCCGCUGGACCUGCGGCUGGCCCACAUCAGCGCAACCAUCGAGGAGUACGCGACGGGCCUGCCGCACGACAAACCCAUGUGCAUAUCCGGUGACCUGCGCAAGGCCAUCGACCGGUGCUUCAGCAAGGACUCGAUUCCGCGGAUCAUCAGCGCCCUGGAGACUGAGGAGCAGGGCCCCGAUGAGCCGAUCAAGAAGUGGGCCACGCGAACGCUGGAGACGCUCCGCCAGCGUUCGCCGACGGCGGUGCACGUGAGCCUGCUGCAGAUGCGCAUGGCAGAGGGCUGGUCGAUUCGGAAGGUCUUUGAGCGCGAGCACCUGCUCGCGGCCAAGUUCAUGGCCUCCCCGGACUUCACCGAAGGCGUGACGGCCAAGCUGAUCAACAAGCCGGCCACACAACCAAAGUGGAAGCCAGCCACUCUCGAUGAGAUCAAGGACUCGGAUGUCAGGGCAUUCUUGAGACAGCCCGAGCCCGAGGCGACGCCCGAGCCCAUCAAGUUCCUCACCGACCUUGACUUUUACCAGUACCCACACCGCGAAUUGGGCCUACCCCGUGAGAAGGACGUGCACGACCUUCUCAAGGACAGCAUCCCUCGCAGCCAGCAUGACAUCAUCAAACACUUUGUCGACAAGACCAAGGCCAAGUUGGGCGUCAAGGAGGUUGUGAGCGAGAUCGUGUACCGGAAGACACAAAAGGGCUCUAACGAGGAGGCGACUUGGAUUUACUGAUUGAAGAGUCUAAUCCUUAACUGUAAAGAGAGAUCUGUAUAGUUGGAUGUAUGGAGCGUGUGAAUAUUGUGACGAUAUUUGCUGCCGGUUAGUUGGCGCUGUAAUUGUGCAAACGAGAUUUAACUAUAUUUUGCGCUGUCGAUGCCUUCACUCAGCGUCGACAUUCGGCACCCGUGGCGGUGGGGUGGUCGGGGCAGGCUAGCUGUUGGACGUGCAACGAGGUUACGCUUCCUCUGGCCUCGAAACUCGGCUGAGUCAUUUGAUUUCGCCUGCUGGCGACCGGGGCGUUUGCAGUAGUGGCAUGGAGCACCGAAAAAUUAUAAAUAGGAGGCCCCGCUGUCGCGGGGGACCGAUAAAAACCGACUGAAAUCCCC